GGACGGUCAAACAAAACCCUAGAAGUUAAACAUCACAAAGACCUCAGCGAAACGAAACAAACUGUAGAUUUCCCCAAAAUUCUCCUUUUUUUGUUCUCUAUCUAAACUUCAAUCGUAUUCCGAGAAUCAAAUUGAAUUAUCAGGUAUUUAUUUUGCUGAUAAUAAUGGCGGGUCAGAGGAAUAGCUAUGGGAAGCGGGCUAAUUCUCAGUCUGACUAUUCUGAGAAUGGAUCAAAUAAGAGGAGAAAUCAUGGUGAUGACAGGGAGCAAUUUGUUAUUGAUUCAGAAGAUACUGUGUAUCGGUAUUUGUGCCCCGUAAGAAAGAUAGGAAGCAUUAUUGGAAAGGGAGGGGAGAUUGUUAAGCAAUUAAGAGCAGACACUAAAUCAAAGAUUAGAAUUGGUGAGACAGUUCCUGGUUCUGAAGAGCGUGUUGUAACUAUCUACAGCUCUAGGGAUGAGACCAAUGCCUUUGAAGAUGGUGAAAAUUUUGUUUCUCCUGCUCAAGAUGCUUUAUUUAGGGUGCAUGAUAAAGUUGUUGCAGAAGAUUUGCACGGUGAUGAAGAAUCUGAAGGCCACCAAAUUACUGCUCGGCUUCUUGUAUCAUCUGAUCAGAUUGGAUGUGUUAUAGGAAAGGGUGGACAGAUUGUUCAGAACAUACGUAGUGAAACUGGUGCUCAUAUUCGCAUUCUUAAGGAUGAGUUACCUUCUUGUGCCUUGGCCACAGAUGAACUUGUACAGAUAUCCGGGGAAGCUGCAGUUGUGAAAAAGGCUCUGCAACAAAUUUCAUAUCGCCUUCAUGAAAAUCCUUCACGAUCUCAGCACUUGCUUGCUUCUGCCAUGUCAAAUGUGUAUCCUGCUAGUGCUGCUGUGCUUGGUCCUGCUGCUGGUACCCAGCUUGUAGGGAUAACCUCAUUGGUGGGUCCUUAUGGAGGAUACAAAGGUGACACUGGACAAUGGCCACGCUCCUUGUACUCAGCUCCAAGGGAUGAGAUGUCAUCCAAGGAAUUUUCUCUUCGAUUGGUUUGUCCAACUGCUAAUAUUGGAGGUGUGAUUGGCAAAGGUGGUGCUAUAAUCAAUCAGAUCCGGCAGGAAUCAGGUGCAGUCAUCAAAGUUGAUAGCUCAACUACUGAGGGAGAUGAUUGCUUAAUAACUAUUUCAGCUAAGGAGUUCUUUGAGGAUACAUAUUCACCUACCAUUGAAGCUGCUGCACGAUUGCAACCUAGAUGCAGUGAGAAGGUUGAAAGAGACUCUGGAAUUAUAUCAUUCACAACCCGCUUACUUGUGCCAACCUCACGUAUUGGCUGCCUUAUUGGUAAAGGAGGAACUAUUAUAACUGAGAUGAGGAGGAUUACAAAAGCUAAUAUUCGUAUAUUGUCAAAGGAAAACCUUCCAAAAAUUGCAUCUGAAGAUGAUGAGAUGGUCCAGAUAGCUGGAGACCUUGAUGUUGCAAAGGAUGCCCUUGUUCAAAUAACAACAAGGUUAAGAGCAAAUCUUUUUGAUAGGGAAGGUGCUGUUUCUGCAUUAGUGCCAGUUUUGCCAUACCUUCCUGUGCCAACAGAGGGAACAGACAGUUUGAGUUAUGAAAGUAGAGACAGCAAGAGGCAUGGACGUGGUCAUUCUUAUUCUGGUGGUUAUGGCUCCAGUGAUUUAGCUGCUAGUGACAGCUAUGGAAGUUAUGGUGGUUCCCAGGUUGGUGGUAGUAGCAAUGCUUAUGGAGCUUAUGGAGGUUAUUCUUCGGGACGUGGUGCUCCUGGCCAUACACCAGUUUCACGGCGCAAGAACUAUGGUUACUAAAAUCCGGUGAUUGCAGCUAAAUGUCCCUUAAUCAAGAAGUCCAUUGGUAUCUGCUUAAAUUUAUCGAGGAAUACCUUCUUUAGAACAUGUUUGGUCAAAAACUUAAAACCUAAUACCAUUUUUUUUCCUCAAUUUAAACCGAUUACCUGAGAGAAAUGGGCUGCUAGUAAAACAUUUCCUUUGACCAUGUUAUAUACAUUAAGGUAAUAGUGUAGAAUUGGUGGUGAGACACACUGUCUUACACUAUGUUCGGUAGGAGGAAAAGAAGAAAGAAUGAAAAGGAUAAACGGUGUUUCUUUCCUUCAUUUGGUUUGAUAAGAGGGAAAUAAAAGUAUGCAAGGAAAAUGGAUAGAUUUACAUUUUUCUUUGCUCUCCGAAUUUAAUCCUUUCAAUUUGGAAAGAAAACAUUCUUUCUAUUUAAAUUAAACAUUUUAUUUACAAUUUUACCUUUAUUGUCUUUCUAUUCCUCUUCUUUUUUUUUUUUUCAAUAUCAAACACAAGAAAAGAAAAACAACUCUCCUUACCUUUUUCUCGCCUUUUUCCCUUCUCUUUAUUUCUUACCAAAACAUAGUAUUAAUGAUGCAGAAAAUGAAGUAAUAUGCCAUCUAGUCAUCUACUGUUGGGGUUGAAUUCCUCAACAGUGGAUUUCGGUGAGGUAUGCAUGUUGCAUUGUUUUAGGAAAAUUGCUAGAUUAGGCAGUUGCACAGUUUGAUAUACAAUGCUACCAAUGGAUUUCUUAAUUAAAGGGCAUUAGAAGCAUGGGAAAAUACAAUGUGUUGCUGUCUUCCGAAUUGGUGGAGUACGUUUUUGGGUUUUGUCCUGCACAAAGACCUGAAAUGAAAGGUAAGAACUUAUUGUUUUUUAUGGUUGCCUGUAACUUGACUUGAGAGAAUAAAGGAGCUAAUGAAGGUGUUUGAAACACACAAGUAAGUGAUUGCUUAAUAUCCUAAUAGUAUUGUGUAUUAUUUUGUCAGUAUGGUUUAACUGCUUAGAAUGUUUUCAUGAGCAAUUGAUUUGGUGGCAGGUUCUGAAUACCCUCGGUAUAAAAUCUUUUAUUCUUAAUUUUGUUGAAGAGUGAUUCUAAUCUGCUUCUAAUCGGCCGAUACAAAAUCUGGGUCGUAGCGGUAGCAUGCAUGCUGUGUUAAUCUGUUUUGUGUAUAACAAUUUGAUGGAGCUGUUCAAUCUAACCAUAUUUUUCAAU